AUGAACAACGCCGAUCGUGACGGUCGGGGUACGAUCACCAAAUUUCUGCCUGCUAAGUCUUCCUCCACGCGUUCCAGCUCCGCUCAUUAUUAUCCCAAUGGAAUCCCCGGCGGUUACAAGAUGGUCACUACGAAGGAAGGAGAGACACCCAGACUCUACAUCGAAGAUAACCUUCCGAUCGCCUUUUACAACCAGCCUGCGAAGGAGGUCAAGGCCAUUUUCAGCACCAACAAUGGCGAAUUUCCCACCCGCGGUCUCAGCCAAAUUCUUCCGGCACGUCAGAUCGAUUUGUGGAGCGCUGAAGAGCUCCAGGAGAGGGCCAAUGGUAUUCGAAAGAAGCACUGGAGCCUCAUGAAGUCCAUGCCAGAGCUGCAGUUCUGGGAAGAUCUGUACGAUUACUUCGACUGCUACGACAUCUACUUCCAGGGCGCGAUGAAUCUGUGGAACCUGAUGCUUCAUCUCUACCACGAGAAUCAAUGUCUCCUUCGUAACCUUCAUCAAGCUCUGACGGUCGAAGUCGGCAUUUGGUGCGACGAAUGGGCUGCAAAGAGCGAGAACAAGAAGAAGCUCCUUGACUUCAAGCAUUGGCACGGCAAUUUCAUCGACCUUCUCAGUGCAGAGGAUCGAGUUGAGCUCCAGGGAAUGCCCCCCUUCAAUAUGGAGCUUGUCCGCACCGCUUUGAACUAUAGACACGACCAGCUUCUGGGCAAGUCGUGGGCCCGGCCAACCUCUUACCCGCAAAACAGUCUCGGAUUCCAGUGGGAGGAGGGCACGCUGCAGCAUUGGCUUGCGGGCCAACCCGUCCAAGAUACUCCUAGUGGACUGGCUCCUGCAUUGACAGCCUCAAACCUGACAAUGGGAGACCCCGACUCGCCGCUUUCCCAACCAAGCCUAGCCGCCAAGAAUGCUCCUCCGAAACCUCUGAUCGUGAGUGGCACAUACGGGCAGAAUCCAGUCGAUGCCAUUCACCGAGGCCAUACUGCAACUUCGAACUCUAGCAACUACCCCGAAGGCUCCUCUGUAGACAACCGGCCGACCUCUCCAAAAAGUCUUGGCAGCAUUAGUGAUGAGCCUCGCCAUCUCCCUGGCCAUAUGCGUCCAGCUUUUGCGCAAUCGAGUCAACCUCCGAUGCCCAGAGAUGGAAAUGCAGAUCCUGGGGGACCGAUCUUCAAUCCUCAUACCAUCAGAUCUGAUGGUCACGCUUUCAAUAUGCCAUUCACGGCAGGUCCUCGUGGCGUGCCUCGCCCGUAUCUUGGUCCCGUUGGACCCCCUUGCGGUCUCCUUGGACUCCAUAAUGCACCACUGGGACCUCCUGCUGGUUCCGGAAAUCGUCAAUCUUUCCCGCCCUCGCAAAUAACCCCGUCUCCUCAAAGACCUAUUGAUAACAGAUUCAAUAAUGCUGGCCAAGUAGCGCAAACGACUAACCCUGUUUUCUCGGGCGGCGCACAUAGCUUUCAGUCUGCUGCUUAUCUUGGAGGGGCAGCUGAACCCGUUCCCUUCCAGAGACAUAGCGGUAGACGGAAUGCAUCGACAAACCCCCAUUUUGGUCCAGCAGGCGAAUGUGGCCCACCGAUGGGUCCUCCGCAAUAUGAUGCCGGACCGAGCCUGCGAGGAGCGCCUCACUCAAACGGACUAGAACAGUACCAACAACGCCCCCGUGGCGAGUCGAAAGGAUGGGAGAAGGUCCAUAACGCAGACGAUUCAAUUCAUGGGCCCGUUUUCCGCCGUUCUCCAACCAAGGAAAGCAGUCCACGUGAAUUGUCGCGUUCUUCCGGGCCCAGACAAAUCGUCAGUUGCACAAAUCAGCAUGAAAAGUUUGGUGACAGAUGGGCAUACACCCCUUGCGAAUGUCACUCUUGCGAGAAGCGUGAGCGUUCUGUCUUCAUUGAGUUUACAUCUGCUUUGGCCGGAAUAUCCGAGGACGAUCUUUGCGAGAAGGUUAAAGCAAUAAUGUCUCGGUGGGGACACGUUGAGAGAGUUGGCCACUUGCCAAACAAGGAGCAGGGAGAUCACCAUUCAUUUUUUGUCAGAUUCAGAGACGAUUCUCGCCUCACUGAGAUGGUGUCUGCAGACGGUUUUGAAUGCGCCGAGUUUCGCUGCCUGCUCAAUAUUAAGCCUGUUCACCAUACGCGAUAUGGAAGCCUGAUGCACUCCGAUUUUGUGCGGAGAGCCAAUGAUCGACGUGAGAUCGCAAGCCAUCGUGAAGGGUCUCAGCAGUCUCCAUGGAGGGGCAAUCAGAACUCAUUCGGCCAGGGUCAGCCCGCUCCUGCUCAUAGGGAUCCAAGAUCGCAAGUAUCCUUGGAGCAGUACAUCAUCACUCGUCCUCAGAGACAGCAGGGAAGAGCAGCACAGGGCUCUCAGUCCACAGCAGUACCCGAUAAAUCGGUUUCAAUGCCUUCCGCCGGCCAAGUCGCCCUUCAGGAAAAGGCUGAACUUCCUGAAGAUACCAAGCAGAAACAGACCAAAAUGACUGAAGAAAUCGCCCUACAACGGUCUGCUGAAACCCAGUCGCAAUCAAAGCCGCCUUAUGAGGAGGUCAUACCUGAUGAAAAGAAGGUAAUCGAGUCUACCAGCCCCCAGAUUGCCGACAGUCCAAACACAGCCAGUAGCAAAAGUAUUGUCGUCAACUUGCCCGCGACCCCCCAAAAGAAGCAGAAGGCCAGAACGGACAUUGAGGAGCCUGAAGAGACUGACUCAUCUAACAAUGCUGUCUUGACUCCAGAAGAUGGCGAGGCGGUAGCCUCCCCGGUCAAGAAAGGCUCCCCGGAUUCUAUCAGUGGCAAGGAGACGUCCGAGACUCAGUGUGACCAGAGAGAAUCUGAGGUAUCCAAGAAUAUUGUCUCUGACGUUGCGCCUGUCCCGGGAGAAGACGUUCCAGUCCCUGAACCUCUUCCGCAAAGUCCCACGUAUGGCAAGGGAAAGUACAGGAAAGUCUUCUCUCACAGAGAUGCUAGUAGUGUCGAGGUCUUUGAUGUGGUGCCCUACAUGCCCGGAAGAAGCAACUCCUUGCUUAACAAGACUUCCUCUACUGGCGAACGCUUUGAUGAGCCUAGCGAGAGCCUUCGCAUACAUUCUGGACAUACACUUGACAGCUUGAUUGAUGCAGGGUUGCUCCCAGGAGUCUCCGUGACCAUGCUGGCUGGAGAUUCUUUGAAGAAGAAGAGCAAGAGAUCCAAGAAGAAGAAGAAGAAGCCGACAUCAGAAAUCCAGGAUGAGACUCAUCCAACUAGCGACGCUUCGACGACUACCGCCGAUGACAAGGUCCCUCACGUCCCGAAGGCAGCACCGGCCGGCACAACAGAGAUGACCGACAUCAUCGCGAAGGCUAAGGAUAUUGUUGCGACAGAAGCAUCAGUAGAAAAGUCAAGUCUUCUAGAACCAGCUGCUAAGAGCUUUCGCGCCAAUGCUGGCGGCUCACUUCGGCUGCCCAAGAAUCGCAAGAAGCAACCGACCCAGCUGAAUCUUGCUCCGCGGGAAGUCUCUGCCUCUGAAGGAGCCAAUGGCUUGAAAGAACCCCGUGUCUUCGACGGUGGUCUUCCCUCUACUGCGAGUACUUCACAGAUGAGCUUCAUCACAGCUCAGGAGAGCCGCUCCAGCAAUAGUUCACCUAGGAUGCAAUCAACCCCUCCGACACCACCGUCAGCCGAGACCCCUGAAUCGAAGGCCACCCCGAUGAAGCCCACCAUUGAGAGUGAGGCGACGGCAAAGACAAUUGUGCUGCUUAACCCCAAAGCAAAAGAGUUUAUUUCACCUGCAUCGCGCCCUGUUGCUCAUCGAGUGAAGCUUGCGCCAAUUCCAUUGGUGCCGAUCUUGGUGAAGACCACUCAGCAUUAUCGCAACUCCUCCCGCAGUUCGUCGGCCACAUCUCGAACUAUCACUCCUGGACCAACGCCUCCCAGGAAUAGAGCUGAAGAAUGUCAGGAGGGUGUCACUGGAAACUCCGUCGACAAGGGCCAGGAUCCUGCAAUUCACGUUUCGCCGACUCGAAACAAUGGCGCACAGCAGCCAGCCUUGGAAGAAGCGGAAAAGGCAGAGAAUGAUCCUCUCGCUGAAGGCGCUACAUCUGUCUCACAGGAAGCAUCAGCUGUCAGCAACAGCAACGGCUACCUAAAGCGUCAACAAAAGGGCACUAGCAAGAAGAAGCUGCGACAGCCCAGCAUUGAUAGCCAGCAGUACGGACAGCAGAGACAAGGCAAGCAAGAACCUGAGAAAAGCCACCCCUCGCCUAAGAAGCAGAAGUUUCGGGGACACGACGACCGUAAUGUCUCUGGUGCCAACAGCAAAACGAUUUCUGUCGUUAGUAAGGAUGAGUUUCCCUCUCUACCCGCCGCUCCCCUGCCUGCUCCCGGCCUUCCCGCGAGCAGCGUCUGGGGCAAAGCGCAUGCGAUAUCAACUGCCGCCACCACCAUCCCUUCUACCAGCAACCUGGGCGUUCAGGACGAGACUUCCGGAAACCCGCGCCACCAGGAGAAUGGAGGCAAGCAUUAG